GGAACAGUCUGAGGAGGAAGCAUUUACGCACCGAAAUAAUGGACAUCAAUUCUGGUUCACUUUAACGUAACAGGAUACGUAUUCAUACAGUAAAAUGUGGACAGUUCCGAAGCCAAAAUAUAGAACUGGUUCGUGCGACGAGAGGGAGAUUGCUGUGAAUAUCGGCGGAGUCAGAGUGGUGCUUUUCGGGGAUGUUUUAAACCGCUACCCGGAGAGCAGACUGGCGGAGUUGUUGAACUGCCCAACUCAGGAUUCAGAAGUUAUCUCAUCUCUUUGCGAUGACUUCGACCCGGGGAGGAAAGAGUUUUACUUUGACCGAGAUCCCGAUGCCUUCAAGUGCAUCAUCGAUGUUUACUACUUUGAUGAAAUCCACAUCAAACCCGGCAUUUGCCCCAUCUGUUUCAUAAAGGAGAUGGAGUUCUGGAAAAUAGACCAAGAUGUUUUAGAUGAAUGCUGUAAAAGUUACCUAAAUGAGAAGGAGGAGGAGCUGACAGAGAUUGCAAACAAAGUGAAAGUGAUUCUGGAGGAUCUGGAUGCGGAUCAGUGCAUUACGCGCACCCAGCGGUGCCAGAGGUUCCUGUGGAGACUGAUGGAGAAGCCGGGUUCCUCCCUACCGGCGCGCGUCAUCGCCAUCGCAUCCUUCCUUUCCAUUCUGGUCUCGGCGGUGGUGAUGUGCGUGGGGACCAUUCCGGAGCUCCAGGUGACGGACGCGGAGGGAAAACUGGUGGAGCACCCGACCCUGGAGGCGAUCGAGACUGCCUGCAUGUUAUGGUUCACCGCGGAAUACUUGCUGCGUCUCGCCUCCUCUCCGAACAAACUGCACUUUGCGCUCUCCUUUAUGAACAUCAUAGACUUCAUGGCCAUCAUGCCUUUCUACGUGGUCCUUUCCCUUACCUACCUCGGCACCACAUCCAUGAUGGAGCUGACUAAUGUACAGCAGGCUGUCCAGGCGCUCCGCAUCAUGCGCAUCGCGCGUAUUUUCAAGCUGGCGCGCCACUCCUCGGGGCUGCAGACUCUGACCUACGCGCUCAAGAGGAGUCUCAAAGAGUUGGGGCUGCUCCUCAUGUACAUGGGCGUGGGAAUAUUUGUGUUCUCAGCGCUGGCCUACACCAUGGAGCAAAGCCACCCAGAGACCCUUUUCAGGAGCAUCCCGCAGUCUUUCUGGUGGGCCAUCAUCACCAUGACCACGGUGGGCUACGGAGACAUCUACCCCAAAACCACGCUCGGCAAGUGCAACGCAGCCGUGAGCUUUCUGUGCGGGGUGAUAGCCAUCGCCUUGCCCAUCCACCCCAUCAUAAAUAACUUUGUGGUGUUCUACAAUAAGCAGAAGGUGUUGGAGACUGCGGCGAAGCACGAAGUGGAGCUGAUGGAGCUGAAGUCUGGCAGGGAGGCGCGCAGGAAAAGCAGGAAUUAAGAGGAGACUGUGGACGCACCAACAGUCUGAGAAAGACUUUUCCAAGAGCUUUAACUGCCGUCAGUCUGAAACUUUAGAGCGAUUUCAUUCCUGAAGUAAAUGUGAAAAUCAAAAAGUCACUUGUCCAAAUCUAACGCACCAAAACAAAUUCAAAACGUCAGUUUGCAAAAUCCAGUAUGCCGAGACCAUGGCAUCACGAGACCCUGAGACUGUUUAUGUUCCUGCAAACAGCCUGGGACAGCUCCAUAAGGUGACACCUGUACAUAACGCCAUAACAGAGAUGUUGUCUUUACACAGCUGUGUUGUUCCUGUUGCUGCUUUGACUCUGCCACGUGCUGCUUAAUCCAUUACGCAGUUAUUUCGUCCGUUACUGUUGUUAUUGUGUGUUAUUAGUGAAUUAAAAGUUGUGCAUGAAAAAAACUCUGUACAUUCACUUGUGCAAUGAGAAUCAUUAAAGCAUCACAAUACAUAUCUUUUUCCCCUUUAGAGGACAAUGCAAAUCAGGUUGAAGUGCUUUGGUAGUUAAUGUAUAAGAUAUGGACUUAAAAUGGACCCGUGUGGGUGGAUUAAUAGCUGCUAUCAUUUUAAGAAAUGCCUUUUUGGAAAAUUAGACAUGCUAAAAAAAAAAAGAGAGAGACUAAAAUUGAGUCAUAAUUUGCAGCCUCCAGAAAUUGGGUGUGUGAUUAAUCUCUUUAAUCAGAUUAUUCUAAAAUAGAUUGUAGGGAAAUAUUUUGUGUUAAUAUGUUGUGUUAUUUUGUAUCCCGUGUGUCUGGCUAAUCUCAGAUGAGAUGAUUAAUUCCCUUUUUAGGGCUGGU